AUGCCAUCGAAAAACCAGUCGGAAAUUUCAGGUUCUCCAACAUCUUCGCCUUUGGCAAAUAUUACCAGGUGGUUCAAGGUGCAAAUUUUACGUGCGGACCCGACGAUAAGACCCUCGUCAUCCAAGGUUUCCGCAUCCCCCUCUAGCUCUUCUUCCAUGUCAUCCAAAUCAAAGAAACUUCCAAGGCGCGCAAGGUCACUGUCCGGUUCGAAAUUAUUUAACAACACAAAAUCCUCAGAUAAGAAAAAUCGACACGGCGAUUCCUUCUUGGACGAGGAAAGUUGGGUUGAUGAGGAGCUCAUCGAAGACGACGAUCUGGCCAUCUUCGGAAAGGAUGAGAUUUAUAGGUUGUCCAUCGCGCAAGCUAAGCCAGGCAACAUUACCCACUCAACCACCCCGCUCGUCGUUUCCGCCGAGCAAGCGUCUUGCACGAAAAAAGAUUGCUUGAAAGAUACUCACAUCGUGCGCGGGUCGGUCGAACACUUUGUCUACGUAAGAACUCUUCGAAAGAUACGCGCCGGGAGAGAACAAAAAUACUUACUUCAAAUGGUCAUGUUGAAUGGCCUGAUGACAAAACUCUCGAAAACCUACGAAUUCCCGGAAUCUCAACGCGCAGAGAUGCGACACUACAAGGCCACUAUUUGUGAGAUUGAUCGAAGAAAUUAUCCUUCCUCGCGCUCGGGCGUGAACACUUCAACUACUGAAAUAUCGACAACUGCCGCCAACAAAAAGUUUGCUUUCAUCGCAGGAUAUAACACGGGAUCACGAGUUGUUGUAAAGUAUCGACCUUCCUAUUCGUCAACAAAGGUACUCACGGUCUUUGACGAGGAAUUGAAAAGAUUGGUGGUAAAAGAAUUGCCGCUGGCACGCAGGAAGAGAAGAAUUAGCAAAUCGAGCAUCUCGAGUGCCAGCAGUACCAGCACCCUCGUAAGAAGUUCGUCAAAUUCGUCAAUGUCUUCGUUGUCCACCUUAACAACUCUUGCUGAGCCCGUUGAGAGCGAUCAUAAUAAAUUCUUUGAUCCUCUGAAAGUGAUGUCGUCAAAGCUCCAUAAAUUGAGAAUGUCAACAAUGAACAUGAUAAGCAUAAAGCAACAUCAAAAAUCAAACAUUGUCUACGAAACGAAUUACGACAACGAUGACGGUGAAGACGAUGAUGUGUCCUUAUUUGUUCUCAAAGAGCAAUUCAGAUAUUCGGGAAGGAGUUGUGGCAACACAUUUCAAAGGCAUUCAUCAGAUACGACGGUUGGAGUAUUGUCCGUUGAAAGGAAUGAUAGUCGAUUGACAUUGGCCGUGUGA